AGACAGUGAGAGUUGAGUGUGUGUGUGUGGAAAAUGAAUGGGAGGCGUGGGAUAUCGCUGGGAGCUGCGUGGGUGGUGAGGCGUCUGUGCACGGCGGUGGAGGCGGCGGAGAAACAAAGAAAACCAGGGAAGCGACUGUAUCGGAGGCUAUCGGCUCUGGGAGCCAGCGGAGGGAGCGUGGCAGAGACGUUAAAUGGUUACGUCCACGAGGGCAAUUCCGUCCAUAAAGCAACUCUCGAAAAGUGCGUUAAGGAGCUCCGCAAGUACGGCAGGUUUCAACAUGCCCUCCAGAUUAUGGAAUGGAUGGAGUUGAGGAACAUCAAUUACUCACCCAUGGACCAUGCAUUACAUUUAGAUCUUAUAUCUAAAACUAAGGGGAUUCCUGCAGCAGAGGAUUAUUUCAAUGAUCUUCCACCAAUUGCAAAGAACCGAUCAACUUAUGGAGCUCUCUUCAACUGCUAUUGCAAAGAAUCUAUGGAAGACAAGGCGUUAGCUCUCUUUAAGACGAUGGAUGAAUUGAACUUUGUUUCCUCUGAUUUGGUUUUUAACAAUCUUAUGUCUCUUUAUAUGAGAAUGAACCAACCAGAGAGAGUGCCUCCCCUAGUAGAAGAAAUGAAGCAGAGGAACAUCCCACUGGGUACAUUUACAUAUAAUAUAUGGAUGAAUAGCUAUGCAUCUUUAAAUGAUAUUGAGGGGGUCGAAAAGGUCCUGCAUGAAGAUGGAAACAAACCCAAUUGGACAACAUAUAGUAAUUUGGCUGCGAUCUAUGUGAAGGCUGGCCUUUAUGAGGAAGCUGAGUCAGCUCUUAAAAAGCUAGAAGCGAUGAAACCCCUCAACCGUGAGGCAUACUUUUUUCUAAUUAGCUUGUAUGCUGGUACUAGUAAUUUAGGUGAGGUUAUUCGUGUAUGGAAUUCCCUAAUGUCAAUCUAUCGGAAACCCAACAAUAUGAGCUAUCUUGUUUUGCUUCAGGCUUUUCGCAAACUAAAAGAUGUCAAUAGCUUGACAAAAUACUAUAAAGAGUGGGAGUCUAGUUGCUCCAGUUAUGAUGUAAGGUUACCAAAUGUUGCUAUCAGUACUUACCUAAGUCAGGACAUGUACAAAGAAGCUGCAUUGAUCUUUGAUGAUGCCAGAAAAAGGUGUAAAGGACCUUUCUUUUCAGCUCGGGAAAUGUUCAUGGUUUACUACUUGAAGACUAGUCAGGUGGAUUUGGCUCUUAGUCAUCUGGAAUCAGCUGUUUCUGAAGUCGAGGCUGAUGAAUGGUGUCCAACCCCAGAAACGGCAACGGCAUUUUUUAAGUAUUUUGAGGGAGAGAAAGAUGUUGAUGGUGCUGAGGAGUUUUGCAGGGUUCUGAAGACUUUUAACUGUCUCACUUCCAAUAUCUACCAUUUGUUGCUUAACACUUACAUAGCUGCUGGCAAAUUGGCUCCUGAGAUGCAUCAGCGGUUAAAGGAAGAUCAUAUUGAAAUAAACACUGACUUAGAAAAAUUGCUUCAAACGGUUUGCCCUGAUUAGAUUGACUUUGUUGGGUAGGCCCUUGGAUCAAAUGUGUUGAGUUCUCCCUGUAGCUUAUAUUUGAAAAUGUCAAUUAGUUAUAAGUUGUGAGCAAUCUGCAUAUGGAGAUCUUCAUUGGUUAAUGUUAGUGAGCAAUCCGCAACAUUUGGAUGCAAUGUCUGCACUUAGCAUUCUGGCAGUUUUUCCAGUUUUGGGAAAUUUUGGGAGAAAAAUUUUGAUUUACUUUUGAGGACUGAGGAGCCCUUGAAAAAGUACUUGUAGCUAAAAUAUAAACAAACCGAGGUAUAGAGUAUCAUUAUCGCA